CUGCCAACGUUUUGCUUUCUGAUGAAGGAAAAGUAAAACUAGCCGAUUUUGGUGUCGCUGCUCAACUUUCAAAUAAUAAGAGCAGGCGAAACACAUUUGUUGGAACCCCUUUUUGGAUGGCACCUGAAGUUAUUAGACAGGCCGGAUAUGAUCACAAGGCAGAUAUUUGGUCUCUUGGAAUUACUGCAAUUGAAAUGGCCAGGGGUGAACCUCCAUUGUCAGAAUACCAUCCAAUGCGUGUUCUAUUUUUAAUCCCAAAAGCAAGAUCUCCAGUACUAGAAGGAAAUUUUUCUA